AUGUCGGAAUAUAAUGAUAUUGCUGGCAGUGAAGAUAUUAUCUCAUUGAAUUACGAAACGCAAGAAACAUUCAAUGAACAUUCCUAUCGAAAUAAACAGUCAGCAGCUCGAACUGAGAAACCAGUAUCCGUGGCAGAUCAAGCGAAAGAAAAUCAAAAUCCAAUGGAACAGGUAACAAAUGCCGAAGCUGAUAUAAUGCUAGCAGACACGCAAAAUUAUUCACAACCGGUAACAGAUAAUGAAGUAUCAAAUGAAACAUCAUCGAUUACUGUUGAUACUCAAAAUACUUUAUUGUCUACUACGCCAUUUGUUAUUCGACUACCGGCAGCUCAAUCAACACUAACCGAUGGAAGUAGUAUUUCAGCUGAACAAGAAUUAAUAGUGCUUGACACGCAAGCUAAUAGAGAGGACAUUUCAUUACCCGAACCAUCAUCAAAAUCAAAUUUGAAUGUCGCUACCACUGAACUUGAAGUUCCAACUGCUACGAAUAAUUUACGACUCUAUGUCUCACCAGCAGCAAGUCUUCACGAAACAGCAAAUGUUGAGGAUGCACAACCAAAUCCAAUCAACAUAUUAACGACGGUAGACGAGGUCAAUCAUCCAGAGGAAGAAAACUUUGAUGACAAACCAAAAGAGGAACCUAUGGACACCAGCGAUGCACAAGUUUCACUUGGUAGUGAUGGUAUAAUUGAAUCGCAUCAAACACCAAUGCCCAGUAAUCACGAACCUACUCCAGCUAGCGAAACAUCAACAAAACUAUUGUCGCCAGCGCAAAACAAAACAGCAAUUUCACCCAAGUCCAAAGUAGCGUAUGCGUUGAGUCAACCAACAAUGGACAAAUUCGAGGCUAUUCUUGGUAAAUUAACAACAGCAGCAUCGAAUAAUAAUAAUGUUAAUGAAUCAAAUACAACCGUUCGGGAAGAAGAAGAAAUCGUCAUUAAAGAAUCGAUUUCGAAAACAUUACGGCGAUAUACUGUACAAGUUGAUCGCAAAGGACGGGUUUUAUCACGCGACCUACUUCUAGAACGUAUUGUCGAGGAAAAUACAACAACUCGAAUAGAAUCAUGGCCACCAUCCGAUAACAAAACUGUUCAAAAAACGACUAAAGCUACUCAAAUAGCGCAAAGUGCCACGAAAAAAUCAGCAAAACAAGUGACACCCAAAAGACAAUCAAGAAGUUUAAAGCCAACUCCGACUGUCGUUUCACCCAAAAAAUCAAAAGCGAUACGAAGUGAUGAUGACGAUGUGAUCCAUGUGGAAUCAACUGAGGAAUCUGGUGAUGAUAAGAAGAACAAAAGUGAUGAGGACGAUGAUGAUGAAGAUGAACCAACUGAUAAUAUCAGUGGUGAAGAUUUCGUACCGACGAAUACAUCGGGACAAGCAUUGAAAAAAGGUUCACGAGUGUAUGCCAAAUGGCUCGAUGGUCAUUUCUAUCCUGGUAUUGUCGGAAAUAUCAAUGGUGACAAAUGUAUGAUUGAGUAUGACGAUGGUGGUAGACGUUCGGUGAAAGCGCAAGAUGUGAUCUCUCGAAGUUAUUUGGAUGUGAAUCAAGUGGUUCAAGCACAAGUUGCUGAUGAAGAUUUCAAGAGUGGAAUUAUCAAACGUUUGAUUAAAAAAAGGAAAACUGGUAAUAUUGGUUAUGUAGUGGAAAUAAAUGGUAAAGAAAGAUGGUAUCCAUUGCCAUUUAUCUCGUUAACUGCUGAGCAAGCAGAAGAUUUAGUAACCAAUAUGAAUAAGCAUGCAGAAGAAACAACAACGAAUGCUCAAGGAAAGCGUAAACGAACAUCCGUGAUACCUUCAUCACCCAAUAAGAAAAGUAAAUCUGUAACUACAUCGUCACCAACUAAAAGUCAACGAUCAACUUUUACACCAACGCGUCAAACAAAACUGUUCAAUUCAAUGCACUUUCUUCUUACAGGUUUCAAUGAAUCAAUCGGUGCUCGAGCUGAAAUUCAAACUUGCAUCGAAAGUCACGCUGGAAAAGUCAUUGAAAAGCUUCCGAAUGCUAACCGCCGUGACAAUGUUUAUCUCAUCUCGGAUAAAGCACGAAAGACAGCGAAGUUGUUCGAUGCCAAGAAAGCGAAUAUACCUUGUGUGAAUUACAAAUGGAUCAAUGAAUCUAUUGAAAACGGCGAAGUGCAAAACUGGGAAAAAUACAGAUUAGUUCUACCAGACAAGGAUUCGAAAGCGAAUGGUAAUAAUGGAGAUUAG